AUGUACUCCAGGGUGUGAUGUUAAUGACUAUCAGUGCGGCAUUAUCUGUCUCGACCAGUCCAGUGUGUGUGACGGACACGUCCAUUGUUUGGGAGGGGAGGAUGAAGUCAACUGUACAGGGGAUAUUGAUUGUGAUUUUGAAGAGACGAUAUGUGGUUAUCAGAAUGACACGGAAAAUAACAGUACCGAGAUCUGGAUGUGGACCAAGAACAAUUACAGACACCCUUAUAGUGGUCCCCGAUUUGACCACACCCACAAAACAUCAAACGGCUCGUACAUUUACUUAGAACUGAACUAUGGUGGAACUGGUACUUUGGUGUCUCCACGUUUCACAAGAUACGAGACAACGUGUCUGGAAUUUUACUUUUACCAAUGGAUUGGGAUAUUCCGUGGUAGUGGUAGCCUGGAAGUAAGGGACCGUCUCCGAACAACAUCAGGUGUAUUGUGGCGGUCCCUUGAUCGACUCCCCCCAAAAUGGCACCUUGGUCAGGUGACCCUACCCCCAGGCGCUCAUCAGAUCGUCUUCACCAGUUAUAUACACAUGGCGUUAGAUGACAUCCGGGUGAUUCCAGGCGCCUGUGUGACGUCAGUGAUAUCGUGCACAAGUGACGAAUACAGAUGUGAGGGUAUCUCGUUAUGUCUGAACCGGGACUUUGUGUGUGAUGGCACACGUGACUGUCCUCAGCGUGAUGACGAAAUGAACUGUCAAAACGACGCGGCUGACGCCGUCCGCCUCCUCCCUCUGUCUUAUCAGCCCCCCUGGGAGGGGAGAGUACAGGUGUAUCAUCAGCGCUCCUGGAGGGCUGUGUGCAACGACAACAGCUGGAAAGAUGCCAACUCCGUUGUGCUGUGCAAUGAACUAGGCUUUAGUGGGAUCGGAUCCAGGUAUACCAAGUAUUACAGCUCUUACAGCGUUUGGAAAUCUAACAUUCGAUGCACGGGCUCAGAGGCCAGCUUAUUGGACUGCCAAUCAUCGUACUGGGGAUAUCGUUACUGUAGUUAUAGUGACAACAUUGCUGUGUCCUGUUUACCGUACAACCCAGGAGACCCUCUCUCAGACUACAUCCGAUUGGUUGACGGAGAGAAACCAAACGAGGGCCGUUUAGAGGUCAAACUGAAGGGCCAGUGGGGAACAGUUUGUGACGACAACUUCGGUGAAGCGGAAGCCCUGGCCGCCUGCAGAUCUAUGGGAUAUAGAGGUCGUGCGGAGGUCCUGUCCACAUUCCGUCCGGGAUCUGGCACGAUUUGGCUGGACAAUUUCUUCUGUAACAAAGGUGUGGAGGACCUGUUCCAGUGUGAAAUCAGAAAGAUCGACACACAUGACUGUAACCACUACGAAGACGCCUGGAUCGCCUGCUUUCAAGACUGUGGCCCCGGAUACUCCGUGUGUGGUGACCAGUUCACGUGCAUAAAUUCUGACUGGGUCUGUGAUGGGGAGAGUGACUGCCCUAACGCUAGCGAUGAAGAGAACUGCAACACAUGUGAAACUGAUGAGUUCACCUGUAAGAAUUACUCAUGUGUACCCGCUAACUUUCGGUGCGACGGUGUGAAGGACUGCCAAGAUGAGUCGGACGAAUCGAAUUGCCUACGAUUCACAGACGAAAACUACGUUGAAGUUAUCGACAGCUCGGGAUCGUGGACCACGGUGUGUGCUGACGACAGCUCACGUGACCAGGUGGCGGAGAGCGCAUGCGACCUGUUGGGAUACAGCACUGUGAACCGUGGUGAAACUGAGAUUAGUGACGUCACCGUAAACGGAUUACUUCCUGCUUCUACUUCCGCAAGAGGAUUAUUUGCCGGAUAUGAACUUUCAGGACCGCAACCCUGCCAGCCGCUUGUCCUUGAAUGUGACGACCUAAGGUGUGGCGUGCCUGUACAAGCUGAUGAGGGUGUGUCCCUGUCUCGGGAGCAGCUCAGGAGCGGAAAGGUGGCCCGACCCGCGGAGUGGCCCUGGCAAGUUCUUGUCCAUCCCCGCCCCGGGGUCACAUGUGACGGUGCUCUCAUCGAGAAACAAUGGGUACUGACAUCUACGCGAUGUGUACAGGAAUAUUUUGAUGAAGCCCCAGGCGAUAGUAGGCCAUUGAGAGUUCAGUUAGGGAAGACUGACUUAAGUGCAAAUAUGGAGCCAACAGAAAUAGAGCGAAGUGUCUUUAAAAGGGUCAACAGUCCAGCGCAUUCCAGCAUUACCUUACUCCUACUAGAUGAACCGACGGAAGUCACAUCUCACAUACGGCCCAUCUGCCUCCCAGAAUCCUCUGCGCAGAUUUCAAACCAGUGUGUGACGACAGGAUGGGAAACAAGUGAAUUCAAUAGAGACAAAGUUCCGAAUCCUUUGAGAGAGAAAAAAACAAGACUGAUUGAUGUCGGAGAGUGUGACUCCAAUAGAGUCGGUGCAAAUUCCGAUGACCUUCUGUGCGCGGAGCAUGAUGUCAUGAGCAUGAAUGUGUCCGACUGUGGGGAGUGGAAGGCUGGAAUUCUGGCUUGUAGAAUGCCUGACAAUCCUCAUCAGUGGGAGAUCACAGGGAUACAAGCUUACUCCGUUACUCAACCGCCGUGCAACCAGGACAUCUUCUUGCGCAUCUCUGUCCUUGCAGACUGGAUAAAGAACGCAACAGAGUGUCCAUUCUCCUGUGGAGGACGGUGCCUGUACAACCCAGCCCUGAUGUGUAAUGACAUUGACAACUGUCCGGAUGGAGAAGACGAAGGAUCUAUCUGUGAGGCCUCUGCAAGCUGUAGCUUUGAUUACCCUAACUUGUGUGGGUACCAGAACGCCUCCACGGUGUCGACAGCUGUAUGGAGCUGGGUCUCGUUCAGCACCAGGUUAAGCAAGAUGGACGAUCUCAACCACAACUACCCUGUGGACAGGAUGGGGUCCGAAGACGGUUUCUACAUGUACGUCCACAAGUACUACGCUGGUGUAAGCCCGGCUGUGGUCAUCACCCCGGAAUUCCCGAUGUCGAUAACGGGGAAGUCCUGCCUUCAGUUCUACACGCACUUGGCGUCAGGAAACCCUUACUUGAAGAAAUUAACGGUCAUUGUUGAACAUGGAGAUGUGGAGUUUUCAGUGCUGACGCUGACCGGAUCCCCGACCCCACGGUGGACUUCACAUACCGUUCAGCUCCCAAAAGGCUCAAUCCGGUUACGGUUUUUAGCUAUCAAUCUAACCGCGUCGGAUUUUGUCGCUAUUGACGACGUGCGGAUUUUAGAAGGGGAGUGCGAUUUUGCAGGAUGUCAAGCCGAUGAGUUCCGAUGUCUGUCAGAUAAUGUAUGCAUUCCUUCGUCAAAGCGCUGUGACAAGGUGGUGAAUUGUGUGGAUGAAAGCGAUGAGACCGACUGUGAGGGUUCCGUAGACUGUGACUUUGAAGAUGGCCCAUACAUGUGUGGCUACAGGAAUGAGACAGGGUUCAGGAACUGGUACUGGGGAGAAGCUCGUAGGGUGAGAAUGGAGCGUGGCGCACCCCGAGAAGACCACACCUUGAAAGACCCGUACGGUCAUUACGCUUGGAUAGGAGCUUUUACCUCCUCGGGAAGAUCAACUAUGGUGUCUGUGCCGUUUUUCAUUGAAAAAGAACAGUGCCUGCAUUUUUAUUACGCUGUACCAGAUAGAAACGCUAACACAUCGGACGCCCUUGAAGUGUUCCUGAUUUGGAACAGCGAGCGGACCCGGAUUUGGAGCUCAGGUGUCCAAUUCGGAGACAGGUGGCUGCUGGCAAUGGUGAAUAUAUCAUCGCCACCGUCCAAAACGUUGUAUCGUCUGGUAUUCCAGUCAGAGCUGAAUGAUGUCAACAAACAACAGAACGUAGCGUUGGACGAUAUUAAACUGAGAAAUGGAUCGUGUGGAUCCAAUGGCCCUGCAUGUGGAUUACACGAGUUUAGUUGCGAUUCCGGACUCUGCAUUCCUAAUGAGAGACAAUGUGACAACAACAACGACUGCGGCGAUAACUCGGAUGAAUUGCGAGGAUGUGAAUCUCCUAUCAACCCAGUACGUCUGGUAGGCGGGGGUUCCCCAAAUCAGGGACGUGUCGAGAUCUAUCAUGAGGGCCGUUGGGGCUCCGUGUGCGGUGGUGGGUGGGAUUACCAAGAUGCGCGGGUCGUGUGCAAAAUGCUCAAUCUCAAUACCACUAACGUCAGCCCGACUCGUGGGGGAUACUUCUCCACUGGCCCUCCCGCGUGGCUUCAAGACCUCUUAUGUGACGAUUAUGACAGAUGGUUAGGCAGGUGUGACGUGCGGGGACUCCGAUGGUUGGCCACCUGCUCAGCGUAUGGCGCCGUGGGAGUGCGCUGUGGAUACAACAGUUAUGGCGUAGAGAACAAUGUCCGUUUGGUGAGUGCCAAUCGCUUUGAUGACAAAGGAUGGGAGGGCCGACUUGAGAUUUACCACAAGUCCGAUUGGGGAUCAGUUUGUGAGAAAGGCUUUGACCUUGUCGACGCCCAGGUCGUCUGUAGCAUGAUGGGAUACGGCCCUGCUGCUGAGCUUUUGAAAAAUGGUUCGUUUGCUGGGACGGUGAACUAUGAUCCAAUCUGGAUGAGUGACGUGGAAUGUACGGGAGAUGAGGAGCGGCUAGAGAACUGCACUUUCCCUGGGUGGCAAGUGCACAACUGCACCCACGAUCAAGACGUCUGGUUGAGGUGCUUAGGUGGCCCCGUGUUCUCAGCCCGUGAUUUGGCGCCUGCUAGCGAACGUGUCCGAUUGGCCGACGGAGCGAACGAGAACGAGGGUCGCGUGGAGGUCUUCAUGAUGGACCAGUGGGGAACUAUAUGCGAUGACCAUGUCACGGAAGUAGAGGCAACUGUGAUCUGUCACACGUUAGGCUACAGCGGACGAGGAGAGUUACUUCCCCUUCCUCAGCCUGGCAUGGGUCCAAUAUGGAUGGAUGAACUACGGUGCCAAAUGUCUUCUCUGUUUAACUGCAACUCGUCGCCUGAUCACAACUGUGACCAUUUAGAAGAUUUGGCUGUUCGCUGUUAUGAUGAUCCCUAUACAGUGAUGUCAUCAGUUGCCCCUUCCUUCCGGUUGAAUGGCGGAACGACCAACGGGGAGGGAAUUUUGCAGUACAAAACAAGAGCAGGAUGGUAUCCAGUCUGCUCUAUUGCUGAAGAGGAUGUGAAUUCAAUCUGUGCCAUGUUUGGAUAUGUUGGUUUCGGAAUGAAGGCUGAUUGGAUCUCCAGACCUCUGGUGAACCAGAGCGAGUGUUACAUGAUCAUGUCCUGUGACGAGAACGUCUGUAUAGUGGACGAGGAGCUUGUGCCAUUUCUUGACCAGGACAGUGGGCUGAGCUGUUCGAAUACCACAUGUCCGUCUGGUUCCAUCGAGUGUGCUGACCGGAACUCCCGGGGCCAGCGCGUGUGUAUAAAACACGAAUAUGUUUGUGACGGAAAUCCGGACUGUCCCCUCAGUACUGACGAAGCCAACUGCAGUCGAUGUGAAGUCGACGAAAUCAGCUGUGACGUCAACACGUGUCUGCCUCGAAAUACUCGUUGUGACGGGACACCGCAGUGCGUAGACGGCUCUGAUGAGUUUAAGUGCAUAUUUCGAUCCGCUGAUGAUGCUGAAACUGGUUUGGUGUUUGUGGAAGCAAACAGGCGAUCCCAUCCUGUAUGCUUUGGGGAUUAUCUAAACACUACACCGGAUGGGACAAACACAAUAGCCGAUCAAAUAUGCGAAUAUCUCGGACAAGGGAGGCUCUACAGGGUGAAUUCAUCGGGAAAUCAGGUGACAGGAAUACAACUCUCGUCUUUGGAUUGGUCUAGCGCCCAGGCUAGAUCUCAACCGACACAAUGUGUAGCUGCGCAUUUGUUCUGUCAAUAUGAAGCCUGUGGAAUUCGAAAGCUGCAAGACCCUGAAUUUCAUUCAUCGCCCCUGAACAUGUCUGACGAACACCCAUCAUUUCCGCGGCCGUCUGUGACGGAAGAAUGGCCCUGGCACAUGGAUAUCACCCAGUUCCACAGGAGUAGAUGUACAGGAGUGUUUAUCUCCCCUGAUUGGGUCCUGGCGGACAUCACGUGUAUGGAGAGUCCUAUGGCUUGGAAUCAAGGAGCUGAGCGAAGCAUAAAUGUAACAUCCCCACCAUUUCAUUACAAAAAGUUUGUCGAUGGAAAGCUUGUUGAGCAUUGGGCUCCGAAUUUCCGUGUUAUACACACUAUUUCCGUUCCAACAGAACGGAAUAGACAGAUGAUCCUCAUGCUGGUUGAACCUGACAACGGAACUGCUCGUCAUAAUUACCCAGCAUGCCUGCCAGACGAAAGACAGACUGAACUUCCGGAGUCACGGAUAUGUUAUAUACUAGGCGACCAAGACGACGUUGAAGCUCCAGUCCACACUUCUCAGAUGGAGAUUACGGUCCCAUUUUUGAAGAAUCUGACUUACCUCAGAGCUGAGGUGGACGCUACACGAAAGCUCGGCGUGUAUCGCAUAUUGGUCUGCCUCAACACACGUGGGUUCUGGGAAGUUUUAGGACUUGGAAACUCCAACGGCGACAUUCGCUUUACUGAAAGUUUUACUGAUGUGUCGACUUUCUCACGUAAUAUCGAAGAGAUAAUGGCACAGGAGUGUAUUUUCAAGUGUACCACCACUGGCCGAUGCCUGUACGACUACAGGUUUCUCUGUGAUGGAGAGACCCAUUGUGAUGACGGUAGUGACGAAGUGGAUGCCCUGUGUGUGACGUCACCUAACUGUACCUUUGAGUACGGUAUGUGCGGCUACAGUAACGUUCGUCCAUGGAAUCGGACUAAGCAUGCACCGUGGAAACUGAUCCGAGCUCGGGCUGACUCUGUGGAUCACAACGUACCACUACAGGAUCAUUCCACCAACUCUGAUCGCGGUUACGUACUGGGCGUGGAAAGUAACCGUUACAGCAUUGCACACCUGGCCUCACCUGACUUACCUAUUCUUGAUGAGGAAAGAUGUUUGACGUUUUACUGGCACGCUCGGAUACAAACGAAUUCACUUGAAGAAGGACCCAUCCUCCCGUUCCCACCAGGGGGAACAGACCCAGUUAAAGCCGAACCCAGUUUGUACGAUCCCAGCAUGAACAUUAUCACCCUUUACGCCAAGGUAAACGAUACCCGCCCUCUGGUUCAGUUUAAAUCAUCGGAUUUUAAUAUGGGCCGAAGUUUCCAAACCCAAGAUGGCCAGUUCCAAAAGGUCUUCGCCACCCUGCCGCCAAACGUGGAGACAUUCUACUUGACGUUCCUCUCGGGACACAACAACGGGUUGGUGUCCACAUACAUCGACGAUAUUGUGUUAACACCUGGCCAGUGUUCGGAAGUCACUGUUGACUGCACAUUCGACGAGCCCGGAAUAUGUGGGUACGGUACGACAGACGACGACUCUCUCUGGGCAGUAAUGAAUGAUGUGACCAAUAACAGCUUCGCUGAAACCGACUCUGCAGCAAAACCUGUUGAUCGCCACCUUGCCUUGACAACAAUAAACAGCCACAAGAGCUAUAUCUUCAGCCCAGUGAUCCAACAGGAUCGUUUGCCCGGAUGUCUUAGCUUUAUGUACAAGUUUGAUGAUGAGAUGGGAGGCACUCUGGGUGUUGCAGUUGAGAAGAUUGCCUGGGGCAGUGCCGAGGACGGGACUGAAAGACAUUUUUCUGGGCAUAAAGUGUGGAGUUUGACAUCUUCUAGCCAUCAUGACUGGAGAUCUGCUUUCGUUCCACUAUACCCAAACGGGGCAUCCACGUACAGGCUUGUGUUUAUUGGUGAAGGAAGAGGCGGUGACGGCUUCAUCAGAGUGGACAACGUGCUUCUAUCCAGUGGAUCGUGUCAGCCUAAAGACUGCAGCAGUGAUGAAUUCCAGUGUGUAUCGUCUUUGACAUGCAUACCCACAGGCGCCAAGUGUAACUCUAUCAAUGAUUGUUCUGACGUCGAUCUGUCCGAUGAGAUAAACCCAGACUGUGCCUCGUCCCUGGACUGCGUCUUUGAUGAUCCGUUUUUGUGUGGUUAUCGCAAUGUUUCACAAAGUAAAGGCGUCUGGAUCUCCCAUAAAGAAGACACCACUUACGAAAAGACUCCAAUUCGUAUCUCUGGACGCACAGGUAGUUACACCGCCUCCGGUUACGUACUGGGCGUGGAAAGUAACCGUUACAGCAUUGCACACCUGGCUUCACCUGACUUACCUAUUCUUGAUGAGAAAGAUGUUGACGUUUUACUGGCACGCUCGGAUACAAACGAAUUCACUUGGAGACCUGAGGUGUGGCUUCAAAUCCGGCCUUGGCCAGGGGAUUUGUGA